GUACUUUUUUCCUUUGCACGUGCCUCUCAUGUCGGCCCUCCGCACAAGCGCGGGAAGCGGUCUGCACCUGCGGGCGGCGCACGAGGUGGUGGCCUUGCUGAAGGCGAAAGAGGUGACACCGGAGCAGCUCAUCGAUGUGGCGCAGCAACGCAUCGAGGCCACGGAAAGCGCGGUGGCUGCCACACCCAUCACCUGCUUCGAGCGCGCCCGGUCCAUGGCUCGCUCGCUGCCGAAGGACGAGGGCCAGCGGGGCUUCCUCCAUGGCCUGCCGGUGCUGAUCAAGGACACUCACCCGGUGGCCGGGGUGCGCUUCACCGAGGGCUCCAAACUCUUCGAGCACCGCGUCGCGGAGCAGAGCGCCGAGGUGGUGCGGCGGUUGGAGGCCAAGGGCGCGCUGGUGCUGGGGAAGACCAACGUGCCGGAGUUCUGCGCAGGAUCCCAGAGCUUCAACUCGCUGUUCCCCACGUCGCGGUCGCCCUGGCACUUGGCCUCCACCGCCGGGGGCUCCUCCGGGGGCUCCGGGGCCGCGCUGGCGGCCGGGCAGGCCUGGCUGGCCACCGGCACCGACCUGGGGGGGUCCUUGCGUAUCCCAGCGGCCUUCUGCGGAGUCGUGGGCUUCCGCGUGUCCCCGGGGCUCAUUGGCCGCGAGGCUCCCGGCCCCUCGGGCCCCCGGAACGCGCUGCACGCCAUCACGGGGCCCAUGGCCCGCAACGUGCGGGACUGCGGGCUGCUGCUGGACGCCAUGGCCGGGGGCGCGGGCUGGGACUUCGAGUGCCCUCAGCCGGAGGAAGGCUUCGAGGCGGCGGCGGUGCGAGGGGCUUCGGCGUCGGCGAAGCUGCGGGUGGGCUUCUCGACCCUGGGAUGCCGCUUUGCGCCGGCGGUGGAGGCGCUGUGCCGCUCUGCGGCGGAUCGGCUGGGGCCUGUGGUGGAGAUCCCCGGGGAGGAGCUGGGCGCCGCGGAAGCGCUGGAGGCGUUUGGGGCCCUCCGGGCCGAGACCUUCGCGGCGACUUAUGGGCACCUGACGGACGAGGAGAAGGCCUUGGUGAAGCCCGAGGUCUUGUGGAACGUGGCAGAAGGCCAGAAGCCCGGCGCCGCCGCGCGCGCGGAGGCGGCGCGCGCGGAGCUGCAAAAGGUGCAGGCGAAGGUUCAGGAGGUCUUCGGGCGCAUCGACGUGCUAAUAGCGCCCACCACGCUGGACGCCGGCUUCGACGCCUCGGUGCGGUACCCCGCGCGGCUCUGCGGCCAGAGCUUCGAGAACUACCUGGGCUGGAUGGCGCCCGCCUGCGUGGUGAGCGCGUUCUCAUGCCCGGCUUUGAACCUGCCCUGCGGGUUUCUGGAGGACGGGCGCCCGGUGGGCGUGCAGCUGGUGGCUCCCUUCGGUGGGGACGGCCUGCUGCUGUCCAUCGGCGCGCAGCUGGAGCAGAGUCUGGGGCUUCCGCAGGGCUGCGAGCCUCGGCCGGCACCUGGGCCCAUUCCGACGGAGGGGCCCAGGACCGCAGAGGAGGCGGCCGCCCACCACGGGCUUUGACGCCUUUGUUCGCCUCGGCGAAGAAAAAACGAUGGGCGCGGACCGGCCCUCG